AGCGGGGAGAAAGGGGAGGGGGAGAGCGAGUAAACCAGCAGCGCAAAAACCUGGAAAUCAACGCAAACUUCGCUCCCAGCGCGCAAGAAAUGUCGACUUGGACAUAGCGAUAUGCUCGGGGUUGCCAACCAACGCACCGCGCCGUGAGUUUAGGCGACAGGAGCGGGUGGUUUGUGGACAACGCUCGCGACGACCGGACUCUGGACGCAAGAAAGCAAGAUCAGUGGUUUAAAAGAGAGAGAGGGAGAGAGGGAGAGAGAGAGACGAGGAUUACACACACAACAGUGACAAUAAAACAACACAACGAUAGUGCCGAAGGUGAGGUCCAAGCGAAGAAGCAGACUCGAGACUUGAUGUUCAGUUCGGAAGACUCAGCAUGUGCUUUUACGGUGCGAACUUUAAUCUCAGGAAACAAUGAGGGACGUAGUCAAGAAAGAAGUCAUCAAGUGUCUCGGACCUGCUAGCAAUGCGAGGUAAAGCUAACGCGUGCUAGCAAAGUUAGCUUGUGGGCUAACGCUAGCUGACGGGCUAAAAGACAUUUUGCUCAACUUUUGCUGUUGUUUCCCGGGAGCCCAAACACUGACGGAGCGUCUUAACAAAAGAGGGGAAGGGCGGGCUCCCUUUUGGACUUGUUCCCCUCUACGUAUUUCCCCGGAACGAUGGCAGCGGAGGUCAGUAGUGAGGAGACGGGCUCGGUCACGUCGGGGACGGGCGGAGGAGGCCCGGAGACGGCCCCGUUCCCUUGCUAUCCCAGGUCAACCAUAGUCAGGGCGGCGGAUUUGGGACCUGUGCCAGCCCUCCGUCAACACUUAAACACAUCUCCGGACUCGCUCCCAGACAUGAGUGUGAUCUAUCCCUUCACAAGUGGGGAUAUAAGCGGAUCUGCCCUGUCCCUGUCCGGAGCAGGGAGUGGCGGAGGUGGACAGUCACUUUUCCAGGGAACGAGCUCAGGGAACGUGGGCGGCAUGUGCGGCUCUCCCACUUCGGAGGCACCGGCCUGUCGCAUUUCACCCACAUCCUCAGUCCCGGAUCUCCCCCCACUACCACCUCCACCUCCUCCCCCACCCUCUACAGGUAGUGGCGGCACGAUGGAUGAAAACGACCUGCAAGAUGGGCCGGAAUACGAGGAGGAAGAGGUGGUCUUCCCCCUCUCUGCACCGCCUACAAACCAGUGGUACCAUGGCAAGCUGGACCGAACCAUUGCUGAGGAGCGGCUGCGCCAGGCUCGGACCCACGGCAGCUACCUCAUCAGGGAGAGUGACCGCCGGCCCGGUUCCUUUGUCCUGUCUUUCCUCAGCAUGACCAAUGUGGUCAACCAUUUCAGGAUAAUUGCCAUGUGUGGGGACUAUUACAUAGGCGGAAGGCGGUUCUCUUCCUUAUCCGACCUUAUUGGUUACUACAGCUACGUGUCUUGCCUGCUCAAAGGAGAAAAGCUGCUGUGGCCCGUGGCCCCUCCAGAGCCUGUAGAAGACAGGAGGAGAGUAAGGGCCAUACUGCCAUACACCAAAGUGCCAGAUACUGAUGAGAUCAGCUUCCUGAAGGGAGACAUGUUCAUCGUUCACAACGAACUGGACGACGGCUGGAUGUGGGUGACCAACGUUCGCACGGAGGAGCAGGGCCUCAUCGUGGAGGAUCUGGUAGAGGAGGUGUGCCGGGAGGAGGAUCCACACGAGGGAAAAAUCUGGUAUCAUGGAAAGAUCACAAAACAAGAAGCCUACAACCUGCUGAUGACGGUUGGCCAGGUGUGCAGUUUCCUCGUGCGGCCGUCAGACAACACGCCUGGGGACUACUCCCUCUUCUUUCGCACCAAUGAGAACAUCCAAAGGUUUAAGAUCUCUCCCACCCCCAACAACCAGUACAUGAUGGGAGGGAGGUACUAUAACAGCGUCGACGACAUCAUCGACCAUUACAAGAAAGAGCAGAUUGUCGAGGGUUACAACUUGAAAGAUCCCGUUUCAGUCCAGCACCAAGAACAAGUCAUCACUGACACGGUGGACGGGAGAGAAAUUUACAAUACAAUCAGGCGAAAACCAAAAGAUGCGUUCUACAAAAACAUUGUGAAAAAAGGCUACCUCCUCUUCAACAAAGGUAAAGGCAAACGGUGGAAGAACCUCUAUUUUAUCCUGGAGGGUAACGAUGCCCAGCUCAUCUACUUUGAGAGCGAGAAAAGAGCCACCAAACCCAAAGGGCUGAUCGACCUAAGCGUGUGCUCAGUAUAUGGCGUUCACGACAGCCUUUUUGGCAGGCCAAACUGUUUCCAGAUUGUUGUCCAGCACUUUAGUGAGGAACAAUACAUUUUCUACUUCGCCGGGGAAGCUCCAGAGCAUGCGCAGGAUUGGAUGAAAUGCCUUCAAACGUUCUGCAGUAACUUAAGGAAGACAACUCAGCCCACCUCCAACAAAAGGUUGAGACAGGUGAGCAGCCUGGUGCUCUACGUGGAGGAGGCCCAUAAGCUGCCGGUGAAGUAUUUCACCAACCCUUACUGCAACAUCUACCUGAACAACGUCCAGGUGGCCAAAACGCACCCGAGGGAGGGGCCCAACCCCGUCUUCACCGAGGAGUUCAUUUUUGACGACCUCUCGAGUGAAAUCAACAGAUUUGAGAUCAGCCUGAGCAACAAGACAAAAAAGAGCAAAGAAAGCGACAUCUUAUUCAUGCGUUGCCAGCUGAGCCGUCUGCAGAAGGGCCAGAUGAUUGACGAGUGGUUCCCUCUCAGCUCCCACGUGCCUCUGAAGGGCAUCGAGCCGGGCUCCUUACGAGUCCGCGCACGCUACUCCAUGGAGAAGAUCAUGCCCGAAGAAGAGUACAGCGAGUUUAAAGAGAUGAUCCUGCAGAAAGAGUUCCACGUCAUCUAUGCCCUGGCCCACGUGUGCGGUCAGGACCGCACCUUACUGGCAAGUCUCCUCCUGAGGAUCUUCAGGCACGAAAAGGCCGAAGCCCCUCUUCUCAGGACUCUCAACGAUCGAGAGAUUAGCAUGGAGGAUGAAGCCACAACGUUGUUCCGGGCGACCACAUUGGCCAGCACGCUGAUGGAGCAGUACAUGAAAGCCACGGCCACGCCCUUCGUCCAUCACGCUCUCAAGGACACCAUCCUCAAGAUCAUGGAGAGCAAACAGUCCUGUGAGUUGAACCCCUCCAAACUGGAAAAGAAUGAGGAUGUCAACCUGAACCUGGCUCACCUCCUCAACAUCCUGUCAGAACUGGUAGAAAAGAUCUUCAUGGCUGCUGAGAUACUACCACCGACGCUAAGAUUCAUUUAUGGCUGCUUGCAAAAAUCUGUGCAGCAGAAAUGGCCAACUAAUACCACCAUGAGGACCAGAGUUGUAAGUGGUUUCGUCUUUCUAAGACUCAUCGGUCCCGCGAUCCUCAACCCGAGAAUGUUCAAUAUCAUUGCCGACCCUCCGUCAUCAACAGCCGGCAGGACCCUCACACUGGUGGCAAAGUCCGUUCAGAACCUUGCCAACCUUGUGGAAUUCGGUGCUAAGGAGCCUUAUAUGGAGGGUGUGAAUCCCUUUAUCAAAAACAAUAAGCAUAGGAUGAUCAUGUUUCUGGAUGAGUUGGGGAACGUUCGUGAUCUCCCCGAAACCACAGAGCACUUUAGGACGGAUCUGUCCCGAGACCUGGCCGCGUUGCACGAGCUCUGCGCCACGCACUCAGACGAGCUUCGGACGCUCAGUAACGAGAGGGGGGCUCAGCAGCAUGUGUUAAAAAAGCUGCUGGCCAUCACGGAGCUCCUCCAACAGAAGCAGGCUCAGUAUGCCAUGUCCAACAGCAACAGGACAGAGUGCACCAUCAUGUCACUGGCAGCCGCCAUCCAGGUCAUGUGAAUUCCGUGGAAUCACACCUGAGAGUCAAAGUGCUGGCCAGAAAGAGCCUAGGCCUUGUCCGGGGCCUCGGGUUAUUUCUCAGCAUGUGGCCUACUAUCUCCAUAAUUCAAAUGCAAUAAUAGCUGCCCCCCCUACUGAGAUGAGAGCAAGGGGGUGGGUGGAAACACCGUGGCUGCAUAUGUCAACAUUUUACUUCCAAAGCCUUUCCCAAAAUAUGCUAUAGACACUGUGUUGGAGCGAUGGAUGAUGGACCUGAGCUACGUUCAGCUGCAGAACUCCCUUCCAUGGAUAUGGACAUGAAGGGGGGUGUGGGGGGCGAAGCAGUAAAGUAGCAUCGUUUGCAGUCGUCAGGGAAUUUGAACGGGAGACUACACAAGCCUUAAUUCCCCUUUGGACAAACCACCCACCCCACGACACUUGUUACAUUUUUUUUUUUAAUAUGCUGCUUUUGGCGAUAGAGAAUCAAAAUGUGUUUGUAUGACGUAGCUAAACGGCAGAACGGUAGUCUUGUUUAGGAGACGUGUGUAACUUGUCUUGUGCAUGUGUUGAUCCUGCUACAGAAACGCUGUUCUCAACUAAAGAUGUCAGCGCGUUGAUUGAAGUUUUCAUUUAAGCGGGGUACACGCGUACUGAUGUCGAACAUCUUAAACGAGACCCUACGGAAAAUGAAAAUACAAGGAGCUCGAGUCAGUUUUAAACUAAACCAGUAAAUCCAACUCCAUUCUGCCGAAAGGUUAAAUACAAGUAAGCUCGACUUAAAUUUACGUCUGGUUAAAUUAAAAUGGCCCACUGUAACAGUUUGCACAUUUAAUAAUAUUGCGUACCACUAGAGGGAGCAAUUGUACUGAAAAUCUUUGCUCUAAUCUCGAAUGCAGUUUUUCCAUAGUUGGACUAUAUAGUCACAUUAAAAGGAGCGCUACUUGGGCUCGCUUUUAAUUCCGUCACGACAAAUGCCAGUACGCAUGUACCCCGCUUCAUCUGCAGUCUCUCCCUUUCUCCCGUGGCCCACAUCACCACAUCUCUGUUGUCUUCCGCGCUAGGGUUGCAAAAGGGGGUGUGUGUCAUUUCCUAUAAACUUCCAAAGAAAUGGAAGAUGCUUCCAACUGAAACUUCCCCACACCCAGCACGCCUUGCUGGUCAUAGUCUGGCUUUGCCUCCUUGUCUGAAUCUGUGCCUGUCGUAGGUCAAAGUGUGCACGUAACGAUACCACAGACCUCAACGAGCGAGCGAGGGAGGGAGGGAGGGAGGACCACCACCGCCGUCGGCUGUGCCACCAGGUACGGGAGACCCGACGGCGACGCCAUGUGCCGCACUGUACUUUCUUGUUCUUUCAUAUGCUCGAUGAUGUGUUCCUUUUUAUUUUUCUACCUGAAACUCGAACCUUUUUUGCAUCUUAGAUAUGCCAACCUAGUCAAAUAAAAACAACAGUUGUGACAUGA